AAAUAUCAUAAUUUACAAGUGUUGGUGUUUUUGUUUGUUUUUCGUAAGUGCUAAGCAGAAGUGUUUCUCAGUGCUGAGUCAGUAUGCUGUAACGUUUUGAUACCAUGGCAGUAACUUGUGUAAAGAAGGCGGGGUUGGGUGUGACGGGUUUGGUGUGCAGCGAGCUGAUUGGAGCGUGAUAUUAUCUAAAGGCACACACACACGCAUUCAGAUCAGAGUGCUACUGUGCAUGUUUUCAGUUUCAGUUACACGCACCAAAGUGACACGUUAACACUUGAGCAAGCGAUGGCUGGACCGAGGCCUGUGGUGAUGAGCGGACCGUCUGGAGCUGGCAAAAGCACUCUGCUGAAGAAGCUGCUCAAGGAGUUUGAUGGCGUAUUUGGCUUCAGCGUUUCCCAUACGACGCGGAGCCCCCGUCCAGGAGAGGAGAACGGCAAAGAUUAUCAUUACGUUACCAGGGAAGUGAUGCAGGCGGCCAUAGCAAAGGGUGAAUUUAUCGAAAAUGCUGAAUUUUCAGGGAACAUGUAUGGAACAAGUAAAGCAGCUGUACAGGCUGUUCAGGCCAAAAAUUUGAUUUGCAUUUUGGACAUUGACAUGCAGGGAGUGAAGAACAUCAAGAGAACCGAUCUCAACCCCAUCUAUGUGUCCAUCCAGCCUCCGUCAAUGGAAAUCCUGGAAAAACGGUUAAGGGAUAGAAAAACAGAAUCUGAGGAAAGUCUACAAAAACGUUUACAUGCAGCCAAAGUUGACAUGGAAAUAAGUAAAGAGCCAGGUUUAUUUGAUGUGCUGAUUAUCAAUGAUGACCUUGACUUUGCGUAUGGGAAAUUAAAAGAUGUUCUUCUUGAGGAAAUCCAGAAGGUCAGAGACACCAACAAAUCGUCCUGCUAACCACAGCGACCUCUCUCUUCACCUCCAGCUUCAGGAGAACCUGUUCAAACCUCGACAUUCCACCCAGGACAGACUUUCUGAGGUUCAGUCCAUUCUCCAACACCGCUGAACGUCAAACAUGUGUAUAUAUACAUUACUAUACGGUGCAGGCUAAUAUUAUAUAUUCUGAGUUUAGGUUAUGACCACGUGCGUUACGUAAUUCCUGGGCCAAAGGUCAGAAACAUGAAGAUUCAUCCAAGAAACACUCUAAACUCUCAAGUCCUUGUUUUUGAAAUGUUUGUGUUUUGAUAUUUCUUUCACAUUUUUUAUAACAAUGGAAGAGACAAUACAGGUUGUAGAUUUUAUAUAUCUAUCUAGCAUGUUCACUAAUUUAUUUUGUAUUUUUUUUCUAUGCUUAUCUUUUAUAACAACUCAUUCUUUGCUGUUGCAAACACAACACAGCUUUCCAUUCGCAGUAUUUUAACAUUCAGAGCUAUUAUCUGCACAUUUGCGCAGCGUGUUGCACCUGCUUUCAUUCAUAUCAUUGCAUCUGAACGUCUAGCAUCGUACAAAUCGAGUAAAGCUUGAUUAGUUAACUAAUACCUAAUUCUUAAAUGAUGGAAAUGGUUGCGUCUCAUCUGCUGGUGUCUUAAAAUGCGUAAUCAUUUUCCGCAUGCACAUUACUCAGAUUACGCUUUGUAAAUAAGGAUAUUUCACUUUAACAUGUUUACCAGCUUUGAAAGUUUUAUAGAGUUCAAAGCCGAUUCAGACUCAGACUUUUUUUUAGUGCAGGGCAGCUUAUAAACACAGCCACAAGUCUCUUAAGUAGGUUUAGGAUACAUUAUUGAUGCUUUUAGUCUUAUACAGCUGAUCUUUAGUAGAUAUUCAGAUUCUUCCAGCAAUUCUGAUCUGUUCCUGUUAAUAUUAAAUGUGACCAUCAAAUAAUAUAGAUACCAGAAUAAUACAUUAUUUUUCACUGAAGCUAUAGAUUACAUGCACAAUUCAUUUGAUCUUCUUGCCUAAUUUUACCUAAAUUACAUCAUUAUGCUUAUUAGCAAUUGAAACGUUUAUUAUAAUAAAAGACCCACUGUUAGUAUAGAAAGUGAUUUCACAUGAUAAAAUACUCCAAAAAUUUCAAAUCAUGUGCUAAAUGGUGGUUUCAGUCCACCUGGUAUAAUGUAUAAUAAUAGUUUUGAGUUUUCUUAUGUUUUUCUAUGGAGCACACACACUGUGGCUGCAUCAGAAGAACGUUUAUAUUUCUUUCUCCCAACCUUCAAAGUACUGUAUGUUACUCAUUGUCCAUUGAGUGUGAAAAAGAUGUAAUAUAAUAACUUGUGAUGUACAGACCUACAAAUGAAACAUGAAGUUUAUCAAAAUGUAACAAAGGUUUUCAUAAAAUGGCACAAUUUUAAAUAAUCAGAAGCAGCCAAAUGACCAGACACCAGCUGUUUCUGGCAUGUAGAACGAUCUUGUGUAAGUUUACUUUUUUUAUGAUGUUUUUAUUUUUAAAUAUGGUUGAAUGUCAUGCCUGGCUUUAGAAUCCAUGGUUUGCGGUCUCUAGGGAAUCUUAUAAAACUGCAGAGUUUCAUGUCAUUCCUUGGUGCAUCUUAAACAUUUCCUUGAAAGAAAUCUGUCAAAUGUUUGUGGUGUAUGUGAAAUCUGAGAAAUGUCUCAAAACAAUGUCUAAACCAAAUGUCUCCGUUUCCUUUUUUGUAUUCUAGAAAUAUUUACAUGUACCAUGCAAGUGUAAUAAAACUACACCAUUACAGUCAAGUACGUGACUGUCUGAUUAGUUAUCAGUCGAAAUAUACAUUGUAAUGUCU